UGUAGUCCGCGGAAGCAGCCUAGACCUCCACCAUACAGGCUAUGGCCACUAGGCAAGGAAACAAGAACCAGGCACAUGAAUGUAUGACUGAUGUGUAGCCGGUCGGGAAACACUCGUGUGUUUCAGUGUUGAUGGCACGUGAAGUGAGCAGGAUUCAUCCACUCGCUUUCCCCUCGGACGGACACGAACCAGAUCAACCAUGGCUGUCGAGAAUGCGAGCGUAUUCUUCAAGCUGUACUGCCUGACAGUGAUGACACUGGUGGCAGCGACGUACACAGUGGCACUGCGGUACACCAGGACCAUUUCAUCAGAUCUGUACUUCUCCACAACAGCAGUGUGCCUCACCGAGGUCAUUAAAUUAAUACUGAGUCUGGGGAUGCUGUCAAAAGAAACAGGAAGCCCCAGCAGACUGAAGAAUGCUUUAGUGGAACAUGUAUUAAGCAGCCCAAAAGAACUGCUGAAGCUGAGCGUGCCCUCGUUGGUGUAUGCAGUUCAGAAUAACAUGGCCUUUAUUGCCCUGAGUAACCUCGAUGCAGCAGUUUAUCAGGUGACCUAUCAGCUGAAGAUCCCGUGCACAGCCUUGUGUACAGUCCUCAUGCUGAACCGCUCUCUUGGCCGGCUGCAGUGGUUCUCUGUGUUCAUGCUCUGCGGGGGUGUAACACUCGUCCAAUGGCAGCCUGCAGAGGCCACUAAGGUUCAGGUUGAGCAAAAUCCUUUUCUUGGGUUCGUCGCCAUCGCUAUCGCUGUGCUUUGUUCUGGGUUUGCAGGUGUGUACUUUGAGAAGGUGUUGAAGAGCUCAGAUACGUCUCUGUGGGUGAGAAACAUCCAGAUGUACCUGUCCGGUAUUGUGAUCACCCUGACUGGUGUUUGCAUAACCGAUGGUGAGAAGGUCCUGGAGAAAGGUUUCUUCUUCGGUUAUACGCCCUUGGUGUGCUUUGUAGUAUUGUUGGCCAGUGUUGGUGGUCUCUACACGUCGGUGGUAUUGAAGUACACAGACAACAUCAUGAAAGGCUUCUCUGCUGCAGCCGCCAUCGUUCUCUCAACAGUGGCGUCUGUCAUCAUGUUUGGACUACAGAUAACAAUCCCAUUUGCUUCUGGAGCACUCCUGGUGUGUGUUUCCAUCUACCUGUACGGACUUCCAAAGCAAGACACAUCAAACCUGAGCCGGAAAGAAUCAGACAAGGAAUCUAAAAAGAGACUGAUCACUGUGUGAGCCGCCGACCUGCAGCACAGAAGUCUCUCGCUGUUAGACCUGUUCUGUGUUAUGGUUGGGUAAUUUGGGAGCCAAAGGAACACCCAGUUGAGUUCUCUCCGUGUUCAGCUCACCACAUAGACGACAGCUUUUGAGCCACUUCAAUGUAGAUACAAGGAGUCUUUCAGUUGAUGCGAAGAAAAAAAACCCACAUCUGAUCUUUAACUGGCCUUUUAUAGCUAGCUGUUUAAAGUUUGAAAAAUGAUCUGAAGCCUGCAAUUCAUUUUCAGCCAUGCUGGAGCAAUAACCAGUAACAGGACUUGGUUACUCUUAUUUUGAUGCCUCCAUAUAUCUAUCUGUUGUAGGGGACGUAUAAAUAUCACAUCUUCUUAUCAUGUCGACUUUUUUUAAAAUCAGUAAUUAGUUUAACACUGUGCAAUAUUUGGCAUAUGUCCAUAUCACACAGUGCUUAUUCUGAAUGUGAAUGAAAAAAUAUUUCAAAGAAGGAUUACGAGAGACUGCGUAUGUUUAUAAUAUCA